GCCGCUGCUUUGUUUAUUUAGCUCUAGAGACAGUCACCUAGAAGUUGGAGCCGGUGACGUAUAAAUCCUGCGCCGGGGGACACAGAGGGAGCAGGUAGACAUGGCGGAGUAUAAGAUCCGGGGGUACCGAGAUUCGGACUAUGAGGUGGUGCGGGAGCUCUUCUCUCACGGCAUGAGUGAGUACGUUCCCAGCGUCUGCAUCCACGUCCUCAAGCAGCCCUGGGUCCUCUUCGUCCUCACCUGCACCUUCAUCAUCCUCCUCUGCAGCUCCAAAUCCCUCAUCCUGCCCUUCAUGGCCGUCACCCUGCUGCUGGCUCUGGGCCGCCAGGUCCUCGGCUACUGCUGGUCAAUGUACAUAGACCACUGCCUGAAAGAGGACCUGCAGGACAUCCGGAAGACCUACAUGGAGAGCCGGGGCUCCCACUUCUGGGUGGCGGAGGCUGAGGACAGCAUCGUGGGGACCGUCGCCGUGAAGCCUUCGGAGGAGAAUGGCGAGGAGCUAAUCCUUAAGCGUAUGUCGGUGAGGAAGGACUUCAGGGGGCUCGGGAUCGCCAAAGCCUUAUCGCGGGAGGUCAUCGGCUUUGCCAGGCAGGGAGGCUACAAGGCCGUCCUCCUCAACACGCUGAUGGUCCAGGUGGAGGCCAAGAAGAUGUACGAGAGCGUGGGCUUCACAAAGUACCUGGAGUAUGUCAUGCCCACCGUGUACGGGAAUCUGAUCAACUUCACCAUCUCCAAGUAUCGCUAUGACCUCUUCCCGGCUCCCAGCUAGAGGCCGAGGGACCAAGGACUAUCCUUACGCAUCACUCAGGGGACCCGCAGCCGCUACCACCACCGUCUUACCAAU